CAGAGUUUUGUAGUACUGUACUGAAUUAUAUCGGCCUCUGGGACUCUCUUGGCCACCAAUGUUAUGGUUAUAUGAGAAGAACACAUCAUUGUUUUGGGAUUUUCCUCACUUGUUUUUUCUUCUGUAUCACCUUCCGUGCUGGCGGAGCGACCUGCAGACAUAUUAUCGCUAUUUUGAAGAAGUUAGAAAACCCAAGCUGCCUCCACCCGAAGCUAACAGUGAGUCUAGCUAGCUGCCUGUUAGCUCACAUUUAUCUGGAAAUGAGCUUUGAACUGAGAUAGCUUAGCCACCAGAGCAAGACUCCGGACAGCUUGCUGGCACCGCUCAAUGACUUCUCGUAUGGAUAUUUAACGUUAUGUACAUACCGAGUCGUCUCUGCUGGUUGUAAUCUCAAGAGGAAACAACACGACAAAGACUGGCACAUCCACCCAUUCACCGUGUUUGGAGGCAGAGCCUUUGUAAUAAAAACCCUUCACAGGUGCAGAAGCCUGACCAAUCAUCAGACCGGAUUCCCUUUUUUCGUGACCAAGGACCAUUUUUUCGGAGUUGAUAUUCAGUCCUGCCACCUCCUACGUGUUUCAUCCACAUACACAAAGGCCGCUGACCAGCUCUGGAUAAUUAAAGGUGCUUACAUUCUGGUUUCGAGGUCGGAGAGGGAGAAACUUCAAGCCCUGAUAAACCCUCAAAGAUGCAAUCUCCAUCAUCCACGCAGAACAUUCCACGCCACAUCUUCUCACAUUGGCGUUGAGGUCAUGUUUUAGGACGUUUUUCUCCAGAGAGGGCCUGUAUCCUCUGAGGGACUGUUGUGGGAGGGUAUUAUCCAAGCCUCAGUGCUCUCUGCUGGGGGAAGGAAGCAGAGGGAAAGCCCUCAAAGUCCCUGGAGAAGAAAACGGCCCGUUGUUGGAACGCUGACGGUUACAUAACUUAACUAACAGGCGCGGUCGUUUACACAGUGGAGACCAGCGGAGAAACUGAGGUUAAGAGUGCUUUGUGUCGCUGAAGCUGGCUUGAUAUUACUCCCACUUACUGUGCACGCUCUAUAUCAACACAGCUGCAUUCACUUUGAACCUCUUCAGUGUCAUUUUAGCUCUCUCUCUUUAGCAUUUUCCAUUUAUGGAUACUAAUGGAUGUUCUACUGGAUUCUCACCCAGAUGUUUUGGAAAAUACCACACCGUCACUUCCCGCUUCUUGUCUUCCAAUCACAGCCCCGGUGCAGCUGGCAGGUGAGGUGGUGGUGGUUUGAAUCGGCCACCGGCGGGGUUUAGGGAUGCCCCGACACAGGAAAACCAGGCUACUCCACUGGCCCGCUUACAGACUGCUGUUUCUAAUACGAGUCCUGGACUGAAAGAGAAUCGUCUCCUUCUCUUGAUAGAGAGCAAAGGGGGGGUUGUCAUUUUUAUUUUAUUUUAUUUAAAAUACUUUUUUUUUUUCUCACACUUACACCUGCAGGUGCUGAAAACCACAAAUAUAAUCAAGUAACUCGCCUGCACUUUUUCUUUCUUUCUAUACUCAAGAAAGUCUUUCACUUUCAUUUUAUGUCAGCUUUUUUUUUAAACUUUUCUUCAGUCUUACAUGUUCAUCUCUUACCAAAACGGGUCUACCUCUGCCUCCUCCCGUACCUCAUAAAAACUCCCAUUUAUUAACCAAUCAAACUGUUGAGUCCACCAACCUGCUCACACCACACACAAGACACAGAAAGCCUGUCAACAAUUAAAUAGUUUCAUUUAAUCUCAAAUUUCACUUUUUUAAAAAAACAUCUAAAUAACAGCCAUGUCUUUUUAAAAUUGCACUAUUAUGAUUUUCACCAAGCCUUUCUUCACCUUCUAAAAAAUAAGACGAUAAAACAGAUUUUUAGAUUCUUGUGGACCUUUAAAAUUGCCCUUAAUUCUAUUGGCUGGUGACAUGUUGGGUAGAGCAGGUCACUGUCCAGACACCUUUUCCUCUUAACAAUCUGUGGCUUAUUUGUUCAUCCCGCCUUCCCACCUGUUUUUCUGGCUGAGUGGAAAACAAAGCUUUUACAGCACUGAGCUUCUUUUAAUCUCCCGCACACACUUGAUGAGGAUUGACCUAAGAACUAAAGAAAACAAGUCUCAGCGUGGUGAUGCAGAAAUAGGAACUAUCCCUCCAUCUUUUUUGUGUCUUUUUUUAACAUUUUUUAUUCCUCACCCCAAAAACUACAAAUCCUCUCGACACGCCCCGCAAAGAAACUCGAAUCGCGAAUGACGAGACCCUCAGCGUAGCGGUCGCUGAACGAACUCACGCAACACCAAACACACAGGAAGUGAUGCCAGGCGGCAGCAGUAAGAGCGGAGGGCGGGGUCCAUCCUCGUCGCCCCUCCCCCACGCCGUGGUCCCGCCCAGCAGACCCCUGAGACCCUCGCGAUACGUCCCCGUGUCGGCGGCCACGUUCUUCCUGGUCGGCUCCACGACGCUGUUCUUCUGCUUCACGUGUCCGUGGCUUUCAGAGCGUUUCUCGGUGGCCGUGCCCAUCUACAAUGGAGUCAUCUUCCUGUUCGUUUUGGCCAACUUCUGCAUGGCCACAUUCAUGGACCCCGGCAUCUUCCCGAGAGCCGAGGAGGAUGAGGACAAGGAGGACGAUUUCCGUGCUCCCCUCUACAAGACGGUGGAGAUCAGAGGGAUCCAGGUCAGGAUGAAGUGGUGUUCGACGUGCCGCUUCUACAGGCCGCCGCGGUGCUCCCACUGCUCCGUCUGUGACAACUGUGUCGAGGAUUUCGACCACCACUGUCCGUGGGUGAACAACUGCAUCGGCAGGAGGAACUACCGCUACUUCUUCCUCUUCCUCCUGUCACUGACGGCACACAUCAUGGCCGUGUUCGGCUUCGGACUGCUCUUCAUCCUCUACCACCGGCAGAACAUCGACCGCCUGCACGCCAUCGUCACGCUGGCUGUAAUGUGUGUGGCAGGUCUGUUCUUCAUCCCUGUUGCCGGCCUCACUGGCUUCCACAUAGUGCUUGUGGCCAGAGGCAGGACCACUAAUGAGCAGGUAACAGGGAAGUUCAGAGGGGGUGUUAACCCUUUCACCAACGGCUGUAGGAACAACGUCUCUCACGUCCUCUGCAGUUCACAAGCGCCCAGGUAUCUGGGCAGGAAGAAGUGUGUGCAGAGUGUGUGUGUGCAGCCUCCUUUUCUGCGGCCACAGCUGACCGAGGCCCAGCUGGCCGCAAAGAUCCUGGACAACGGCAUACAGGGAGACCUGCAUAGGUCCAAGUCCAGUCUGGAGAUGAUGGAGAGCCAGUCAUGUGACGCCGAGCCUCCUCCUCCUCCUAAACCAGAGCUCCGCUACCCUGGAAUCACCAGAGGGAACACGGAAGAGUGCAGUCUGCUGAACAAAGCCCCCCCCACCCCCACCAUGUACAAGUACAGGCCCACCUACAGCCCCGGCAAGAACCACACAGCGCUCACGCACGCUUACGCCAACCAGUUAAGUCGAGGGGAGAGCGUUGGCAGUGCCAGGGACUCCUCUUCCUCCACCUCCUCCCUCCUCCAGGCCAGCCAGCAGCCUGGUUUCCGCUCGCAGCCCAGCCUGGACCGCAGGGACACUUCAUCUGACAGGGUAGCAGGCGGGGGAAGAGGGGUAGGAGGAGGAGGGGAGAGGAAGGAGGGAGGGAGAGAGGUGGGGGGAGGGGGCAUCCCCGGCUACUCCCUCGGCGGGCGCUCGUACCCCUCCUUCUCCGACCCCACCGUCCUAUCAGGAGUGGCGUCGCGGUCUUCCAGCUCCACACACACCUCAGGGGGCACCACCCACGUCUCCGAGGCGACCAUCACCUCGGCCAGCUUCAAGAGCUUAGCCAAUCAGACGCCGCCACCGCACCACCCUUCCCGCAAUGGAAGCCUAUCAUAUGAUAACUUACUGGCGGGCAGCGAAGAUUUCGACAAAGCGGUGGCAGCAGGUCCGGUAGCUCCUGAGGUUUCCUCCGGGAGACCCUGCAUGCCGGCGGCGGGCGGCUACACCUCCCCCUUCAUGUCGUCACAGCAUAGAGAUGCUGAGAUACACUCCCAGUCUUCCCAGUCCCCCCUUCACCACCACCACCGUUCCUCCCACCACCACCAUCACCCCUUCCUCCACCGCUCCUCCUCCUCCACGUCCUCGUCCCCACCGCCUCCCCCCGAGAGGGAGCGCCUACUGGGAGAGCCCCACCCGGGUGGUCACCCCCAGCCUGCCAGUCAGGGCUCCGCUCCACCCCCUUCCUCCGCCCCGCCCCCACCGCACCAUCACCACCACCACUCCCAUCACCACCACCACCAUUCCCAUCACCACCACCACCACUCCUCCUCCUCCUCCACCGCCUCACGACCUCCCCGCUUUGCUGCGCCGCACGCCCCACCCCACCACGCCUACCCCUACCGCACCCGCUCCACCGACAACCCCCUGGGCUCCUCCUCCACCUCGACGACCCACCCUCCCCGCUCCCCGCACCCCCCGCCUCUGGGAAAGUCGCUGUCUUACUCGAGCGCAGCCGCCGCCGAAAUGCAGUACCGGCUGGUCCGAAAGGCCUCGGCAUCAGCCGGAGCCAAUGCAGCGGGGGUGGGAGGAGGAGGUGGAGGGAUGGGAGGAGGAGGAGGAAUACAAGCACCGAAGGAUGAGCUGAUCCAGAUGAAACCUCUGAGUCAGACCAACGGCGGCCAGCCCUUCUCCUCCUCUUCCUCUUCUUGCUCCACCCCCUCCUCUCCCUCCCACCCAAUCAGCGUGACCGCCCGGCCCGGAGUGGCUUACCCCAGCUCGGCACUGACGCAGAGUCCCGCCCACAAGCCCCCGGGCGGCGGGGUGAAGAAGGUGACUGGCGUCGGCGGCACCACCUAUGAGAUUUCCGUCUGAUCGGCGAGGCGGCUUCCGGCUUCGAGGACCAAUCAGAUAACACGAAGAUACUGCUGUCUCUUUCUGCCUUUCCAGAGGGAACCAUUUAGGUUUUUUUUUUUUUUUUUUUGCUAUAAAAGAAACCACUAUCCUACUGUAGACUUCUGAGGACGAACAAAACUAUUUCCUCCCACAUCUCACUCUUCAUUGGCCAAGCGACUGCAUAGCUUAACUGUACUGUCCCGCCUCCAGCCAUCCACCUCAUUAACUCUGCUGUUAAAAUGAGACCUGGACCUGGACUCAAAGAAGCCAGGACUUGUUCUGUGGUUCUAAGAGGCAGUUUUCUGGAUCUGGAUCACACACUGGACCAAACAGGAACCAUAAACUGGCUCUAUUUUUGUUGUUGUUGUGGGUUUUCUCCUCACUGUAGCUCAGUAGGUAGUAAGUGGCACUAGCAUGGUCAGGUUUUGGUGUUCAUGUUAUACAAGUAUAGCAGAGUAGAGUAAGGGAUCAGCACUGCCAGGGUCACUGAGGCCACCGAUCACCUCUGGAUUAGGCUCCACAUCAGGAAUUUGGGAUUGAAGCUAAACAUUUGGUGCCAAUAUUUAAUAUCUUAACGUCAUGCUCACAUUAUAUCAUUAUUGGACACUUCCAUUGAUAGAAGUAAUACACACAUUCAUGCUCAGACUGCCAUCAAAAUUGAAGUAGAAUUCAUUGACAGUGAAGGACUUGUAGCAGCUGAUAACGUAAUAACGGCUGAUAACGUAAUCAUUUUGUGCAUUUUUUAUUGUAAUCAGCCCAUAACUUACCAACAACAUCAUAAAAUUCAUGAACACAUAACGUAAUACAACUUUAUAGCCAAUAAAUAAAACUUAACCAAAGUGAUAUUAGUAUAUUAUUAUGUUAUUGACUAACAUAAUAACCAACCAAUAACGUAAUAAGUUAUGAACUAUUAAUGCCAGUAACGUAACUUAUUAUGUUACAGGCAAUAACGUAAUAACUUAUUAUGUAACAAUGGUAGUAACUUAACUUUUGACGUAAUAACUUAUUACGUUAUUGGCUGUUAUCACAUUAUUGGCUCCAGUUAUUACAUUUAUAAGGGAGGUUUUUUUUACAAAGCCAAUAACGUAAUAACCAUCCAAUGGCAACGUAACAACUUAUUAUUGUAUUGGCAAAAUGAUUACGUUAUUGGUUCAGGACUUUUAUUACGUUAUUGUCUCAUUACAUUAAAAAAAAAACAGGCAGAAUGAUUAUGUUAUCAGCCAUUAUUACAUUAUCAGCUGCUACAGGGCUUCUCAUAGGCAGCCAGUGUAAAGUUAAAGCAAUGUGU